GUCCUUUAUAAAUGAACCCUCCAUGCAUUCCAAGUCCUUACACAUUGUAAUAGCCCCUUUUUUCUCUCUCUCUCUCUCUCUCUGUCUAGAGCUCUGUUUCUUGCCAAAAAUGGCUGGCUUGGAAUUGGACAUCCAAUCCAAACCAAACCACACCACUCCCACAACCACCCGCUUAAAAUUAAAGCUGUUUGGCUUUGAUGUGCGCGAGGAAUUGGAAGAUGAUGACUCUACUACUGCCAAGACCCCAACUGGGUCAUCCGAAUCUGGAGUAUUCACCCCUUCCACCGACCGCAAAUACGAGUGCCAAUACUGUUGCCGCGAGUUCGCUAACUCACAGGCUCUCGGUGGCCACCAAAACGCCCACAAGAAAGAAAGGCAGCAACUUAAACGUGCCCAAUUACAAGCCACACGGAACGCCGCCGUUGCCUACGUUAGAAACCCAAUUAUCUCCGCCUUUGCUCCGCCACCUCACCUUCUCGCCACCGCCCCUCCCCACUUCCUACUCUCCAACCCUGCCUCCGCACCCGAAACCUCCUCCUGGGUCUACAUGCCCCGCACGCCACCGCCCAUCCAGAUGUCGUCACAUGGGUGUGCCUUUCCGGCCUCGGGCGGUGCAGGGAAAGCCGCGAUGGUGUCAUCCUACGGCCGCGGAGUGGGGAAUUCCAUGGCAUUCGCGAUGGGAUCACAAAUCCACGACGAGGGGAUAUCGUUGAAGAGAUUCACCAAAGGGGAAAACGGGUCGGGUUUCGAUGACGGAAUUGGUUUGGAUUUGCAUCUGAGAUUGGCUCCGGCGGCGCCGUGAAAAGCGCUGAUCUCGAAACUCCGAUGAUUUGUAUUCGUACGUUUUUUUGUGUCUGCAAAUUUUUCAAAAACCCUUGUUGGGAAUCAUGUAAAUUCUUCCUCUUUUUAUUUUAUUUAUUUAUUUUUAUUAUUAUCA